UGUAGCGAGGGAAGUCCACCACACUCAGCGAGUGAUCGAGCAGCAGCAGGGUCGUCUUCGCCGCCCCUAACUGACCCGGCGCAGUCCUCGCUUCGCUCUCGGUGCGCGCCCCCAGGCAGUCCGACACACACACCCCUCUCCUCCUGCGCGCCCGCUCCGACGAUGGGUGACACCGCCGCCGCCGCCCCCACUCUCGGCCUCACCAGGCCCAACGCCGUCGACCCGCCUCAGGUCACUUUUGCCGCUAAGGACGUCGAGUUCUCCGGCUGGAACGGGGACAUUCUCGCCGUUGCGGUCACCGAGAAGGAUCUGCAGUCCGGAGCCCCGGACCCCAAGUUCGAGAACGCCGUCCUGAAGAGGCUGGACGGGCAGCUCGGCGGCCUCCUGUCGACCGCUGCGGCGGAGGAGGAUUUCACCGGCAAACCCGGGCAGUCGGUGGUGCUCCGCGUCCAGGGGCAGGCGUUCAAGAGGGUGGCUCUGAUCGGCUCCGUCGCCCACAACGCCGGUUGCCUGCAGGGCCUCGGCGAGUCAGUCGCGUCCGUCGCCAAGGCCGCCAAGGCUACCAGCGCCGCCAUCGUUCUUGCCUCCCCCUGUGUGAUCCAAGGAGAGUUCAAGCUGCACGCUGCCGCAACAAUCGCUUCAGGAACCGUGCUGGGAUUGCACGAGGACACCAGAUACAAGUCUGAAUGGAAAAAGGUGCAUCUGAAACAAGUAGACCUCAUUGGGUUGGGCUCUGGUCCGGAGGUGGAUCAGAAACUGAAGCAUGCCAACCAUGUUUCCUCGGGCGUCAUACUUGGGAGGGACCUUGUGAACUCGCCUGCCAAUGUCCUUACCCCUGGUCAGUACAGCAGUCAGCAGUAUCCUUGUUCGUCCCUGACCAUUUCAGCUGCUCUCGCGGAGGAGGCGUCGAAGAUCGCAUCGACUUAUAGCGAUGUUCUCACAGCUACAAUAUUAGAUGCGGAGAAAUGCAGAGAGUUGAAGAUGGGCGCCUACUUGGCGGUUGCCGCGGCAUCUGCCAACCCUCCUCACUUCAUCCACUUGUGUUACAAACCCACCGGUGGUAGUGUCAAGAGAAAGCUGGCUAUUGUUGGGAAAGGUCUAACUUUUGACAGUGGUGGCUACAACAUUAAGGCCGUACCGGUCGCCAGAAUUGAGCUUAUGAAAUGGGACAUGGGAGGCUCUGCGGCUGUGUUUGGUGCAGCGAAAGCUUUGGGCCAGAUCAAGCCUCCUGGAGUAGAGGUCCAUUUUAUAGCUGCUGCCUGUGAAAAUAUGAUUAGUGGCACAGGCAUGAGACCUGGUGACAUCGUGACUGCUUCUAACGGGAAGACAGUCGAGGUAGAUAACACUGAUGCAGAGGGAAGGCUUACACUUGCUGAUGCUUUGGUGUAUGCUUGUAAUCAAGGUGUCGACAAGAUUAUUGAUCUGGCAACACUGACCGGCGCCAUGCGUGUUGCACUUGGGCCUAGCAUUGCUGGGAUCUUCACACCAAGCGACGAGCUAGCCGAGGAAUUUGUGGGCGCCUCUGAGGUUUCCGGGGAGAAGUUCUGGAGGCUGCCCAUGGAGGAGAGCUACUGGGAGGACAUGAAGUCCGGCAUCGCUGAUAUGCUCAACACCGGCCCUAUGCAGCCCAAGGGAGGUGCUAUCACUGCUGCAUUGUUCCUCAAACAGUUUGUUGACGAGAAGGUCCAGUGGAUGCACAUCGACAUUGCAGGCACGGUAUGGAGCCACAAGAAGCGGGGGGCUACCGGUUUCGGAGUCGCCACCUUGGUGGAGUGGGUUCUCAAGAACUCGUCGUCCUGAAGAAAUCCUUCAGUAAUGCUCCACAUUGGAGGAAUUAAGCAGGGACAAAAUGGAUGCGGUGGUGUCCACUGUUCCUUUUAUUUACUAGGCUACUACUCUCAUUUUAUUUGUAUUUGUAAGCUGCAGGUCCAAACAGGGCGUAGUAUGAUAGUGCAUAAGAAUAAGCGAAGGCACCUUACGCUAAUGAUGUAACAUGGAAGCUAAAUUUGUCUUAUAUAACUGGAUUUUAUAAGUAUAUUAUUCAUCCAAGAUUAUAUUGAAGAUAA